AUGGGCCUCACGGGCCCGCCCAGCACCCUGAGACCACACUGUUGCCUCCCAGUGACCCUGCUGGGACACCAGGACAAGGAAGACAGUUUCGCCUCUCGAAAGCCGCGGCUGCGCCUAGGCUGGAGCUGGAAGGGUCUGCAGGGACCAGCCCAUGACAGCCCAGGGCUCCAGGUCUGCGGGGACCAGCCCGUCACAGCCCAGGGCUCCAGGCCUGCGGGGACCAGCCCGUCACGGCCCCAGUUCUCCAGGCCUGCGGGGACCAGCCCGUCAGGCUCAGUGCUCCAGGCCUGCGGGGACCAGCCCGUCAUGACCCCAGUGCUCCACGUCUGUGGGGACCAGCCCGUCAGCCUGUGCUCCAGGCCUGCAGGGACCAGCUCAUCAGCCUCAGUGCUCCAGGCCUGCGGGGACCAGCCCUUCACAGCCCCAGUGCUCCAGGCCUGCGGGGACCAGCCCGUCACGACCCAGUGCUCCAGGCCUGCGGGGACCAGCCCGUCAGCCUGUGCUCCAGGCCUGCGGGGACCAGCUCAUCAGCCUCAGUGCUCCAGGCCUGCGGGGACCAGCCCUUCACAGCCCCAGUGCUCCAGGCCUGCGGGGACCAGCCCGUCACGACCCAGUGCUCCAGGCCUGCUGGGACCAGCCCGUCAUGACCCCAGUGCUUCAGGUCUGUGGGGACCAGCCUGUCACGGCGCAGGGUUCCAGGCUUGGGGGGACCAGCCUGUCACAGCACCAGUGCUCCAGGCCUGCGGGGACCAGCCCGUCAUGACCCCAGUGCUCCAGGUCUGUGGGGACCAGCCCGUCAGCCUGUGCUCCAGGCCUGCGGGGACCAGCUCAUCAGCCUCAGUGCUCCAGGCCUGCGGGGACCAGCCCUUCACAGCCCCAGUGCUCCAGGCCUGCGGGGACCAGCCCGUCAUGACCUCAGUGCUCCAGGUCUGUGGGGACCAGCCCGUCACGGCGCAGGGUUCCAGGCUUGGGGGGACCAGCCUGUCACAGCACCAGUGCUCCAGGCCUGUGGGGACCAGCCUGUCACGGCCCAGGGCUCCAGGCCUGCAGGAGCUGCGCUUGGGAUUGGGGGAAUGAACCCAGGUGGGGAAAUGGUCAAAGAGCGAUGGGCCCAGAAAAGGGUCAGACCCAGAUGGAGAUGCUACUGGCUGCUAGCAGACCCCCACGCUGGGUCUAGCCCACCCAAUCCCAUGGGGAUGCUCCUGUGCUCUGCAGACAUCUGGGUGCUGCCACAGGGGCCCGACAGAGUUGGCAUCUGGGUGGAUCUGAGCCAAGUGGUGCUUCUGGGCCUCAGCAAGUAGCUGGUGCCGAUUCUGGGCAGCCAACUGUGGCAGCGUCUUCAGGUGCGAGUGCUGCUGGGUGAAGCUGCGUGGGCAGUCCAGAAAGUGACGUGACAGUCCACAGGGACCGACGUAGGGUUUCCAGCCCCUAUCUGUGCAGAUGCUGUCCUCCAAACCAUCACGGUCCCUCUCUGGCUGGGGACGUGUGCCUGCCACUGCUGGCUUGCCAGCAUGAUCAUUGGUUGUGACCUGUUGAGCCCAUCUUGCCAGCCUCACAAAGGACAGUACCAGCUGCUUAUGACAGGAAAGUGGAAGAACUUGGCCUGGAUAUUUCUGGAGAAUUACCGUGUGUGCUAGUCAGUCUUUCGUGUCAACCAGGCCAGGCUGUGGGGCCCAGUGAUCUCAUCGCGACGGGCCGAGGUGUUGCUGUGAUCGUGUGCUGCUGGAAUGUGGUGAACACCUACAGUCCAUUUCACCUAAAGAUCAUCCUUGAGAAUGUGGGUGGGCCUCAUCCUAUCAGCUGAAAGCUUUAAGAGCAAAACCCGAGGUGUCCCAGAGAGGGAAUUCUGCCUUGAGACGGCGGCUUCCACUCCCACUGGAUGUCCAGCCCGCGGCCCCACGGCUGGGUGAGCCCGUCCUCUCCUCGUUUCUGCCUCCUGUUUGUUCUGUCUCUGGACCCACGGUGUGGCCCCAGACCCUCCAGUGAGGACCUCCCGUGUUUCUUCAGAGCAGCCCUUGCGUGCUGGAGGCCUGGGCUUCAGUGUGUCCCUGGGUGCCCUGGGGCAUGUUCUGUGACCUCCCAGCUCCUCGCCUCAUGGGGCCGCUGUAUCAAGUGACACAGUUUGUGUGCUGCGUACCAUGCCUGGCACCCAUUUGAGGUGUUGCAAGGAGGCCAUGUUUGCUCGAUGAGAGCAGCCUAAGAUCUACAAACUGUUGUUCGAGUGGAUGGGAACUUGAUGCUAUUUCAGGCUGAAUGACAAGACUCCGCGAUGCUUCUCGGCCUGGGCUGCACAACGGAAUCUACCAGGGAGGUUUUAAAAACACUGGUACUUGCUGGAGGUGGUGGCGCCUGUCUGUAAUUGCAGCUGCUCCAGAGGCUGAGGCGGAGGAUUGCUUGAGCCCAAGAGUUUCGGUUUAUUUGCUUUUUCAGAGUCUUGCUCUAGCCCAGGCUGGAGUGCAGUUCCAUGAUCUCGGCUCACUGCCUCAGCCUCCCAAGUAGCUGGGAUUACAGGUGCAUACAACCAGGCCUGGCUGAUCUUCGUAUUUUUAGUAGAGAUGGGGUUUCACCAUGAUGGUCAGGCUGGUGAAGAUCUCCUGACCUCAAGUGAUCUGCCUGCCUCGGCCUCCCAAAGUGCUGGGAUUACAGACAUGAACCACAACACCUGCCGAGCCCAGGUGUUUUGAAUCCAGCAUGGGCAACGGCAAGACCCUGUCCCAGCAAACAAAAAAACACUGGUGCCUGAGGCCCACCCCGAGAGAUUCUGAUUGAGUUGAUUUGGAUGUGAAUUAUCUUUAAAAUUUUGGAUGUGAAUUUUUUUUUUUUUCUUGGAAUGGAGUUUCACUCUUGUUCCCCAGGCUGGAGUGCAACGGGACGAUCUUGGCUCACCGCAACCUCUGCCUACUGGGUUCAAGCCAUUCUCCUGCCUCAGCUUCCCAAGUAGCUGGGAUUACAGGCAUGUGCUACCAUGCCCAGCUAAUUUUGUAUUUUUAGUAGAGACAGGGUUUCUCCAUGUUGCUCAGGCUGGUCUUGAACUCCUGACCUCAGGUGAUCCGCCCGCCUCGGACUCCCAAAGUGCUGGGAUUACAGGCAUGAGCCACCAUGCCUGGCCGGAUGUGAAUUAUCUUAAAAAUUUUCAGGUAAUUCUAAUGGGCCAAGGUUGAGAACCCCUGCUCUGGGCCCAUCCGAGCACCAGGCUGUCACAAACGCAUGCAUGCACUCACGCCCGUGGGCUUGGGGGGCUUCGGAAAUGUGCUUCUGCUUUUUUGAGAUGGGGUCUUUCUGUUGCCCAUCCCGGAGCACAGUGGCACGAUCACAGCUCACUGCAGCCUCGAUCUCCUGGGCUCAGGUGAUCCUCCCGCCUCAGCCUCCCGAGUGUCUGCUUCUGGUUUUCAUGAUGACCUGGGGCCCAGGCAUACUACACUUGUGCUGUUCAGGGGCCAGUCCUGCACCAGGAGCCCAUCAGCCACAGCUCCGCCGAGAAGCACUGAUAUGCAGAGCUAAGCAGCUUUGUUUCCACGUGGAUCCUGCGUAGGUUUUCUUGGUCCAUCCAUAGACACCGCACUCCUGCAGAGGAUCUUCUUGGGAUGCCCCACUGUCUCUGUUUUCCCGCUUCACUGAACACUCAGUCGGGGCUCGCCAUGAUGCCUGUGUCUGCUGGCUUCUCCCCCAUUGGAACAGCCUUCUUGGCACGCCACACUGCUAGCUGCUGGGCACUGUGCUUUCUGCCUUUACCGUUCUGCCGUGAUGUUGCCAAAAUAGCAACAACAACAACAACAAAGGCUGGGCACCGUGGCUCAUGCCUGUAUUCCCAGCAGUUCGAGAUCAGCCUGGGCAACAUGGUGAGACCCUAUCUCUACAAAAAUAAAAAAUGAAAUGAGCUGGGGGAGGGGGGUGGCGCAUGCAUGCCUGUGGUCCCAGCUGCUUGGGAGGCUGAGGUCGGAAGAUCGCUGGAGCUUAACCUUGAGGUCAAGGUUGCAGUGAGCCGAGAUUACAUCACUGCACUCCAGCGUGGGAGACAGAGACCCUGUAUUAACAAACAAAAACACAAACCACAAAGGGCAGGUCUGAACCUGUCAUUUAAAAAAAAAAAUUAAUAAACUUAAAAAAAAUAUAUAUCCACAGAUGCAGGUGAAGAACCUGUUGUCUUCCUCAAGCCUCUUUUUCACCCAUGGGUGGAAAUGGUGCCCUGGACACCCAGGCCCACGAGGUCUUUGGGUGGGGUCCCUACACAGGGCUUUAGCUUACACUGUGCUGCCCUCCUGUCCCCCAAGUUCCCAGUCUGUCAAAAUCCAACCUGGUCUCCCAGGCCCAGGGCAAAUGCCACCUCCUCCAUGAAACCUGCCACAUCCUUUGCACACCCUUGGGCGCUGACCUUGUUCUCCCAGCACACAGGCACGGGUACAGUUUGCCCCUGUAGUAGUAACUCAGGCACAAAAUGAACUCUUGCUGAGGCUCGGCCGCACAGAGCUGAGGGUUGCCGCUUCCAGGUUCAAGUGCAUUUUGAGUUUCAUUCCCAGCUUCCUUCUUUUUCUGGUCUUUAAUUUCUUCUCCGGAUUAGGUCCCACUCAAUGCUUUCCUUCUCAAUUUCCAAAAGAGUAUGGUCAGAGCCAGCAGCACACCGCCUUCCCCAUGGGUGGGGGGGGCAGCCUGUGGCGGGGGUGCGGGUCCCAUCUUUUCGAAGGAAUUGACCCACAGUGGGCGGGUCCACCUCUGACCUUGCCCCAGGGAGUGCAGACAGAAAAAAGAUCCUUGCUUAGUUUGAGGGGCCGCUGGGGUGCUCGGUUUGUCUUCAGAGGCCUGUCUGUAACACCAAUGCCAACCCGGUGGCACUGACUGGUCACCCUGAAGGCCACGGCCAGUGUCCUAGGAAGGGACUCAAUUUCUAGCUGUGCCACCUGAGAUUCUGGGGUUAGGCUGGUUCUGCUUCUGAAGUUCCACUGUGCUCAAAGUGCUUGAUGAAAGUUAGCGAAGGUGAUUUUACAAAAAUAGAUGCAUAAAAUGUCUAGGAAACACAAAAAAUCCUUAUUACUCUUCUCUCCAAAUAUUUUUUAAGCCCCAACUGGACCCUAGGCAAAAGUGAGUGGCACUCCUCUGCCAGGACUCCAGGCGAGCCCCGGCAUCUUCUUGCUGCCGUCCCAGACAACAGAAGUUACCAGAUGAACAGACUUGGAUGGGCCACGGGGGUGGAGAGCUGGAAAGCUUGGCUGUGCCUCUCGAUGAUGAUUAAGAUUUCAAUAUUUACAGCAAAACCACAAAGCAAAUGAUAGAAUAAAGCAAAACAAUGGAAAAUCUGAGUUCACUCGUGAGAGAGGUACGUAUGUGAGCUCUGAGGAAAUUACAGAGGGAACGCAUGCAGCGGGACAGCUCUCCCAAUCGCAGCGUGCAAAGUAGACAUCCAUAGUGUCUUUUGAAAAAUGAAAGACACAUUACUUUGAACAGCCAAGAAAAAAAAUUGCAAUUUAUUAAGAUUCAAUAAAGCGUUGUACUUUCGAAA